AUGUCCAAUGAUCCUGGUAAUGAGGUUAGCUCCUUGUACCCACCUCCACCCCCAUACGUGAAGUUUUUCACACAGUCCAAUCUGGAAAAAUUACCAAAAUACAAAGAAAAGAAGGCCGCAAGUGCGAAGCAGACGGCUCCAAAUAACAGUAACGGCGGCAGUGAAGAGGAGAUUACAUGUGCGCUAGAUUACCUAAUCCCACCCCCCAUGCCCAAAAAUCAGCAGUACCGAGCGUUUGGGAGUAUAUGGCAGGUGAAGGACCAACUGCCCGAUUUAGAGAGCAUGGGACUCACCCAACUUUAUAAGAAAUCCACAGAAAACGAAAGCACAAAUUAUCAAUACAAAAUCCAAGAGCUACGCAAACUAUUGAAAUCCCUCCUGCUAAAUUACUUGGAACUCAUCGGCGUAUUGAGCAUAAAUCCGGAUAUGUAUGAGCGCAAAGUGGAGAACAUAAGGACCAUUCUUGUCAAUAUUCACCACCUACUUAAUGAGUACAGACCCCAUCAGUCCCGAGAGUCCCUUAUUAUGCUAUUGGAAGAACAAUUAGAAUACAAGCGCGGGGAAAUUCGCGAGAUCGAGCAAGUAUGCAAACAGGUACACGACAAACUCACCAGCAUACAGGACACCUUAAGAACCGGAUCACAAUCUCCUCCAUCGUCGUCCCAAUGA